AUAAAUAAGCAAAGGGAGUGCUUAUUCUGGUUUCAUGGUGAAUGCUUGUACUUGAUAUACUUUGCUUGCAAGUGUUUCAGAUUUUAUUUGAGAAGAAGAGAGAUUGUAAUACAUAUAUAUAUAUAUAUAUUUGACAAUGGUUUGGUCACCUUUGCAUGCCAUGCAAGCUUACAUGCAUACUCUUCAACUGUGCAAAGAAGAUGACAACAGCUCAGUGGUUCUUGAACCAAAAUCCAUGGAGUUUAUAUCAGCUUUAGCAGCAGGAAACCAAGCUCAAUUAAUGGCAGACAUCUCCUCUGUUCCCAUCUCCCCAUCAACCUUAGCCCUUGCAGUUGCUGCAAAACAAACAGGAGGUCUUCUCCUCUGCAUUCGUCCUUCUCUCCAAACCCUCCAACAAACCAAAACUCACCUUCAAAACCUCCAUCUGUCUCAUGUUGUUGACCUUAAACUUGGCAACCCUUGUGAAGUACUCAAACAGUAUCACAACAUUGACUUUGUAGUCAUUAAUAAUGAUCAUCAUCAUAAUCAAGGUUGUGCUUUGAGUUUGUUGCUUUUAGGUUUGGAGUUGAGCAUGAAUCCUAAUGGUCCAUCAGUGGUUGUGGUCAUGAACAAUGGAGGAAGAAGAUCACCAUCAUCAUCAUCAUCAUCAUCAUCAUCAUCAUCAUGUGGUCAUGAAGUUGUGAGAGGAUUGAGAGGGAGAGGAGUUCAUGUUGAGUCUGUGAUUUUGCCUAUUGGUGAUCAUGGUAUGGAAGUUAUUAAGAUUAAUGGCAAAGGAAAUAAACAUCAUCAUCAUCAAGAAGUUGGGAGAAGAUCAAAGAGAGUUUUCAGAGUGUUUGAUGAUUGAUUGAUAUUAAUAGAGAUUGAUUAAUAAUGUGAGUAAUUAAUUAACUUUUUUCACCUUUUGGUGUUUGUAACUUGUUAAUGUUUGUAUGUGUUAGAUAAUCAGUGAAUGAAAUUAGAGAUGUUGA